AUGUCAUUUGAAAUUGACUGGAGUGAAUUAGAAUCUGAUGUUAGGUUAAAUGAGUCUAUAAGAAAACACCUGAAUUCGUAUUUGGAAACAGUAAGUCUCCCUAGCUAUGUAGGAAAUUUGAGAAUUCUGAAUUUUGAUUUAGGCAAAAUAGCGCCCAACAUAACAUUAAGAGAAAUAUCUGAUCCGUUAAAUGAUUUUUAUGAAGCUAUAAGUGAAGAUCUCGAACAAUCAGGUUCAGAUACCGAAAAGGUGGAAAAGUCUCCCAAUGACGUACAAUUUCUUGCAGAAGUGGAAUAUAAUGGGGACAUGCUCAUAACAGUUGCCGCUGACCUAGUAUUGAACUAUCCGACAACUAGUUUCAUGACUUUGCCUGUGAAGCUUACCAUCAGUAAUAUUGGGCUCCAUUCAUUAUGCUUGGCAGCUUCCUUGCAAAAGCAGGUAUUCAUAAGUUUCCUUUGUGAUGUAAGCGAUAGUAGACUAGAUACGCAGGACUCCAUUCUUGAUGCCAGCGGAUCGCUAUUGGCUCCAAGAAGGUCUUUGGAACAGAUGAGACUAAUUCGUAGCAUGAAAAUCGAGACAGAAAUAGGUGGACCACACGAAGAGGAAGGAUCAAUGCUACGAAGUGUGGGUAAACUAGAAGAAUUUUUACUGGAGAAAUUUCAGGAACUACUGCGUAAGGAAUUAGCUUGGCCAAGUUGGAUCAAUUUGGACUUAUCCGAUGACGAAGAGAUCAACAAUGUUGAUGAUUGCAAUGAGGAGCACGAAGCACUGUAA